AUGGCGAAAUUAAGCGACUUGCCUGCCGAACUAGUCUAUAAAAUCAUAGAUUACAUUCUCCCUCGCCAUGUUUCGGGUCCUGAGGAAUCGGAGGACCGACCUAUCGAUCGCGAUGAUCAUCAUCUGCUCGACCACAACGGAAUCGGGCCAAUCGGACCAAGACCAAGACCUCAUCUAGAGCGACUUAGUCGUGAUCCUACUCCACAAGCUCUUCGUCGUGACUUUCGAGCUGUUGCAGCUUCACGACCACACGCUUCUUGGCCAGGGGGUGUUCCAUCCAAUCCUCUUUUGCCACUCUCGCUAGUCAACCGUACCUUCCGAACAUGUGCUCAGCAGAUACUCUUCAGAAACGUACCCGUAUUAACCAGAUCGAGGGCGAUAUCAUUCCUCCAGACAAUAACCGGCCAAUCAAUCCCAGGUCUAUCGACUCUCGAGGGUCGCUGGCACAAUCGGAAAGGCGCGAAGAACGCUCAAGAUUAUAACCUCAGGAUGCUUCAAUUUUUUCAGAUUGAUUAUUCUUUUCAGACUAGACUAGCUUGCGAUGUUCGCUCCUUGCAACUUAUUUGUAAAGGCAUAUGUUCAGUGCCCAAGGGCAGUGGCAAAUUAUUUUGUGGCAUUAUCCAUAGCUGUCCCUUCCUCGAGAAUAUUGCCAUCAGUACUGCGGUCUCGAUGGACUGUAAGGAGCUCAUGUUAGAGGCCCUAUCAAGCCGACAACUCAUCAAAGAGUUUGUUAUUCUUGAUAAUUUUGAUGAAGACAGUGAGUCGAUGUUCCAAUGGAACGUCGACGACGUCGUCUGUCGAUUAUUCUCUCAAUGGGACCACCUCGAGACUGUAGAGUUGAGUGGGCUCAGGGGUCCGUCGGGUCCGAUGAUUGGGACGAUUGAGAAGCGGAUACCCAUCCUGAAUUGCGCGGUCCGAACGAUGAUCCUUCAUAACCCUGAGUUGGACGAGCAAGAGCUUUCGAUACUUCUCCAGAUCUUUGGAGGGAGCUUGCGGACGCUCGAGUUGAACAGUCCAGGCCACAAGAUAAACCGAGCGGGCUUGUGUCGGAUCCUGAAUGAAUGCACCAAUCCGAAGCUGGAAUGUUUGACGCUCGACUGGUCUCACUACGAACCGCCGGUCUCUCCUGUCCCGGGUGCUACCAAUUCUGACGACCCAAUGACCAUCAGAUGCCUGCUCGAUAUCCUUUUCAAGUCUCCCUCCGCCCUUCGAAAUCUCAAGUCUCUGUCCUUCACCGGUACCGUCGCUACUCACACGUUAUUCGAACGCUUGCCUGAUUCAAUCGUCAAACUUGCUUGGGAAAACUGCGAUAUUUCUCCGACCGCGCUCGUUAACAUACUCUCAAGUACAAGAGAUCACAACAAAUUCUUACCGAAUCUUAAGUGCUGUUCAGUCCGAAGUGGUUACGAAUGGGACGUAGACGAGGAAAGAGCGGUGGAAAGAGCGUUAGAAGCACGAGGGGCAUGUUUCCACUUGGACUCAUGA